ACUCAUUAAUCUAAACACCAGCCACCAGCUAUUAUUAUAGUAAAAUUAUAGUAAAAUUAACUGCACAGUUAUUGUACAUGUUAUUUGUCUGAUGUUUGCAUGAAAAAUUCUCUAAAAGGCACCAAUAACACAAACGCGGCCAAGAGGUCAAAUUCAGUGACUCAUAUUAGCUGAGUUGAAGCCUAGCAGGCAGCUAGGUAUGAUUUAAGGUAUUCACAUCCUUAAUUAUGCACAACUUAAACUUUAAAGUUGUCACAAACAGAAAUAUAAGCUACAGAGACAGCUAGCAGCAAAAACAGCAUUUUUGUACCAGGCUGUAAUAAUGUUUAUUUCUGGAGUAAGAUUUAGAAUUUUAACAUGGGUUGUUAUGGAGAUAAUGUUGACUUUUAGAGCCUCAAGCGGCCAUUCGAGGAACUGCACUUUGUAGUGCUUCAGGGGUAGCUUUCCUUUUCAGCCCUGAGGGUUGCCACUUUAGAUAUGCUAUAGGAAACAAAAAACAUGCAAUUUAAUUUCUGGUUCACGCAACCAAAACAAAAACAAAAACAAACAAACUGAUGUUAUUUGUGUGAUUGCUGCUUAUUUAGUCAUAUUGUCAUUGUACCGUAUGAUGAAGACAACAUGUUUCUCAUUGGAAAUGAUUCACUGGAAUCAUACAUGUCAACAUGGUGAUGACUUCCAUUUCACCAAGAACUACUAUUACUUUUUAUUUAAUUCCUUUAUAGUCUUCACUAUAGGUAUUCUACAGUCUACACAGACAUGUGACAGACAGUAGUUCUAGUUCUUAAAAAUAAUAAUAAACAUUGAAGAUGAACCAAAAUCAGAUGAAUCAAUCUGAGUUAGUGUUUCUUCUAAGCAGAGAGUUUUGUAGACACGAACAACAUCAAAGAGGCUAAUGUAGCACAUGACCAGUUAUGUCAGUAAUCUGUCAUUUGUCCAGUUUCUCUGGUUCUGUGUUUCGCAGUCAUGUUUGAUGAUGAAUGACUGUAGAAGCAGGGACAUCCCUGCUGCACCUUGGCUCUGUCUUCAUGCACUCAAACAAUCUCUAAACAGUAGUUGUAUGCCUAAAGUUGUGAUUUGACCCACAUUGUUACGUGUGACUGUGACAUUGGUAGUCCCUGGCCCAGCUGUGAGCAGUGGGCUGGUCUAAUGCUGUUAUAUAAUACUGAAUGAAGCUCUGAUCAGUUGCAUAAGCCAGUUAUAGGCUCAUGCUCUCAUUGGGGGCUCACCACACUCCUCUGUCUGUUGUGGUUAGGUAUUCUUGGCCCUGCCCUGGGGAACCUUCUUCAUAAUCAUAAUCAUCAACACCAAUCACACCACUCCUCCUUGGAGGGCUUGAAGCAACCAGGCAGAAAAACAAGCUAAAUGGAGCCCUGUUUGUGAAGGGCAGCCCCAGUAGUCUUCAUUAGAUGGCUGUAUGAUGUUGAUGUCACACAUGUUAUCACAGGUUUAAGAGUGUGAGGACAAAACGAUGCCAGGUUGCAUCUCACAUGGAACAUGAUGACAGUGUUACUAGAGAGCAGAAUACAUUUUAAAUUUGAAUUCUCAAAUCAAUAAAAUAAAUUCAGGACUCUAAUAGUUGUUGAAUAAUGGAUGAGUGCCACUCUUGAUGAAUCUAACGAGAGCACGUCAUGCUUGGCUGAUGUGAUUCCUCUUUUAUUUGUACUUCAUCUUAUACGCAUUAUUUUCAUUCAUUUCAGUCUCCUGAUACUAUAAAUGUUGUUUAAAAGACUGCCGUACACAAACAAAGCCAGACUUCACUGUGAAAAACAGUGUACAACCUGUUAGUCAAACUGAUGAAGACGAGAUGACAUGGAUGACUAAGUCUAAAAAUGCAUACACGUUAGAUUAGGGGAAAGAUUUUGAAGUUGUCCUUUUGUUUCUAUUUCUAAUGCUACUCUCAGGGGGCGGGGUCUCGUGGUAGUGCGCGUGGGAUUUGGCUGCGGCAUGUCACGCGCCCUGGCAGUGUCAAGCUAUACUAAUUACGACAUCAACCACAAUUAAGACAAUUUUAUCUUCAGAAUAAUUGCGCAGAACGGACAACCUUUUUAUUAACAUACCUGCUCAUUCAUUCUAAUUGUAUUCCUGACACAUUAUGUAACCUUAGCAGUUGUUGCAAUUGUUAAGAUAAGUGAUAUUUUUUUUAAGCUACUUUGUUGUUUGUUUCUCAGUGUGUGUGUAUUAUUGUCUCCGCACAUACGUUUGUAUUUUAUUCAAAGUGAACGGGUCCUUUUAUUAUUACAAACAAUGGUUACGUAGCUACAGCCAUUGCCCUUUGUUGAAAAAGUUGUAACCGGAAAUGCUAUAUGUUUACCGUACAUUGACAGUAAUGAUGCUAGCGCGGUGGCAAAUUGCACCAUCAGUUUUCAGGAUUUAUUCCGUCCCGCUACCACUAGAGCAUCUAGAGUGGACCACUCACGUUUUCAGUCGAUUUUUAUGUUGAGGAGACUGAAGAAUCGUGUAAUCAGCUAAAUCAACUGAGCAUCCGAGUGUGUGGCAGCAAGACUGACUGAGUUCAUCAUGAUGAGAUGGUCAACAUGGCAGAGGAUUUCCUCCACAGCACAUGACAUAUCACAGCCGCAUCCUCUGAUGCCACUGCUCUGCAUUUGAUGGCAUCAUUCUGCUGUCACGCAAUAAAGUGUAUGCAAAACAAGUGAAAAUUAUGCAGCAUGAUAGUCAUCUAAAGUGGAUAUAAUCCGAUAGAAUUCUUUCACAUUCAACCUAUUAUUCAGUUAAUGAUUUGGCUUGAACUCUGUAGCCUGGCACAGGCGGACACAUCCCACUUGUCUACCUGAGGCUGUCUUUCCAUUUUAUGGAGGCCUUGCAUAAUUGUCUGAAGACGGGGGAGCAGUCCGGAGGUCAAGAGCUUUGUCAACCAGAGUCUCAUCACCGAGGCCCGCAACCUAAGUCUCCCUCCCAGCCCAGUCAGCAACAGCAAACUGGCUCCCCAAAGUCCCAUGGCACACUACAGCAGCCCAAACAAUCCAGAAGACAGCAUCCUGAACGUAAACGUCUCAGGUACCAGCGACAGAGCAUUGACUCAGAUGCUGCACUGGAACACAAACAUGAGGCAACAAAGGCAACCACAGUCUCUAGUUUGUCACCAGGAGUUCCACCUUCCUCAACAGGUAGCCCCAACCAGUCUAAACCAGAAACCCAGGAGGGCACCCCGAAACAGAAACGUGAGCGUAAGCCUCAGAGACCAGGCAAAUAUGUCUGCACUUACUGUGGCCGUGCAUGUGCAAAGCCUAGUGUCCUACAGAAGCAUAUUCGCUCGCACACAGGUGAAAGACCCUAUCCCUGCGCCCCAUGUGGCUUCUCUUUUAAGACCAAGAGUAACCUGUACAAACACCGCAAAUCGCAUACACAUAGGGUGAAGGCAGGUCUGGCACUCGGAGAGCCAAGAUCUUUAGAAGAGCAAGUAACUGAGUCAGAAGAUGAAACUAGACAUCUAUCAACAGCAUCUUCUCAUACAGAAACACAAAGCAAUGUAACCUCAGUCAAGAGUCAUGAAGCAGACAGGGUCAAAGAUUGCACUGGAGGAAGCGAUGACUCCUAUGCAGUGAAAAAGCGACUGGCCCUGCGUCUAAGUAGAGGAAAACAUGGUCCUCGAGACUCAUCUGAUGAAAAGACCUCAUCUCUAGUUUUAGGGAGUAAAGGCAGCACAGAAUCUGGCUAUUUCUCCCGCUCUGAAAGUACUGAGCAGUCACAGGACAGCCCCCCGAACACAAGUGCCAAAAGCUAUGCAGAGAUCAUCCUCGGAAAGUAUGGACGUCUGGGACACCUACAGAGGAUGCCUCAGCACCAUAACCAGCAGCCCUCCGGUCAAGAGGACAAAACUAUCCCAUUCACAGUUCCCAAGAAGCAGGUCAUCGACCAUAUCACCAAACUCAUCACUAUCAACGAGGCAGUGGUGGACACCAGUAAAAUUGACAGUGUGAAACCGAGAAGAUUCUCACUAUCCAGAAAGAACAGUUCAGAGUCCCAGAAGAGUUCAUCUAUGAAAGAACCACUUAUUCAUAAUCCUAAAGCUGGAGAUCUGGGCUAUAAAAACAGUGGUUCCAUCACCAUGGGAGUUCCAUGUGAAAAAUUUCAUCAUCCAUCCCCAAAUGUGGAGCAGCCAGCUGGCCAAACGUCAGCUCCUCUGGUGAGAAGUCACUCGAUGCCAUCUGCAGCAAGAUCAUUUGAUGCCUCCAGUGGGGGCCCCAGUAAAUUCCGCCUAAGUCAGUCUUUUGACGAACGAAAGCCUUCAGAGAGGCAGGCAUCCCGUCGUUAUGGGAUGCUAAGACGACAGCCAGCUAUUGAAAUCCCACUUGGUGCCGAGAUUACAAAAGAGGAGCAUGAGGGUUCUCAUUCAUUUUACUCUGACAGCAUAACCACUGUGCCUGACCACAAGCAAAGUCAACCACAGCCUUAUGAGUGUGAGGCCUGUGGCACUGGAUGCAAAGAUUGGGAAGGUUAUAAGAAGCACAAGCAAAGCCUGUGCUUGGUACAUCAUCCCAGAAAUGAAGUGGUAAUUAGUCAAAUGGAGUGCUCACAGUUAAUUAACCAUGCAGUCAGAGCAGGAGGUUCAGCAGUGCGCAAGAGAAGGAAAGAGGACAGUUUUGAAUUUGAUGACCCCUCUUCUCCUUCGUUGCCCUCUCCUGCUCUCUUUUCAGGACAGUGUAAAGAUGAAAGCGGUGUAGUUUAUGACAGUCCCAGAAGACCUACACUGCAAACCUGUUCAGUCAUUCAACAUACUAGUUCAUUUGAAAAACAAGAAUCCUCAUGCAAUGAAAAUCAAGGCACUGAGGCAACAAAUAAUUCUCCACCUCAUGAACAGUAUCACCUGGUGCCUCAGAAACAGCCCCAACCAGAAUCGACAAAACUAACCAAUCGAAAACUGGUCCGCCAGCACAGUGUGCAGGUACCAGAAAUACUGGUCACAGAAGAUUCCAACACAAGCACGGCAACCUCAGUAGAGCCAAACUCCACAGGAAAACAUUCAGAGAAACCUGAUGAAUUUCAGUGGCCACAGAGAAGCCCAUCUCUGUCCCAGCUUCCUAUUGAAAAGCUUCCUCCAAAAAAGAAGCGUUUACGUCUAGCUGAGGCUGCCCAGUCCUCUGGAGAAUCUAGUUUUGAUUCUAUAUCCCUGCCCCGCAGUCCUAGUCAGGACAGUAGUGCAUCUUAUGCAUCCAGUCGCUCCACAUCUUUUGAAGAGUCAAAUAGACUAGACAUGGAAAUAGCAACAUCAACACCACUGCGAAAAUCAAGAGCUCCUCACAUGUUGACUGUACCUGGGGUGCAUCAACAUAGAGAGAUGAGGCGCUCAGCGUCCGAACAGGCGCCUCAUGACCCACAACCAAAUGUCCUAAUGGCUGAGACCCGUAGUAAGUCUUUUGACUACAGUUGUUUGUCCCCUGAGCGCUCUGCAGUUGGUUGGAGGGAAAGAAGAAAGUGUCUCCUUAUGAGACACACUGCUAUCAGAGAUCCAGAUGAGGAAGAGGAGGAACAGUGUACCAUACCAAGACGUAGUCCUGAACAUGUCAGCCCUAACACAUCUUCUCAAGCAAGCCCAACUUCUGUGUACUGCAGCAGGUCCUCCACUUCUCCUUUAUCAAGUGAGACAGUCUUGCACAAUCCAGUAGGAUUACAACCCAAAGAGAUUUUCUCUCGGUGGAAACUCAGUCAAAAUGUUCAUUUGACAGGCAGCACAGAAACCUCCUUUACUCAGUGUACAUCUGUAGAUCCCGUAAAAGAAGAAGUCUCAUACAUUCCUGCAGGGCAGCCCCCUCCUCAAACACCACAGCCCUAUUCUACACAUGGACCAUCAGGUGCAGCCAGAGCUCACUACCUCCCCAUGUCUACAGGUCUGAAGCUAGAGAUUCCUUUACCACAUGAUAAUUAUUCAGAGGUUCAAGUAAGUCACUCCAACAUUCAGCACCCUGUCCCUCACAUCACAUCCAGCUUAGAAUUACUGAGGCCAGUCACAUCUCAAGCAGUAGCAGUGCGUCUCCAAACAGACACCCUCACCUUAGCAUGUGCCAUAUACACCACAAUGUCUCAGUCCACUUCCCCCAGGCCCCAGGAGAAGGUUGAUGCUGUUUCAUCCAAUAUAGGCAUUGCAACAGAGUACAGUGACCAUAGGGACAUAAGUACAGACCUUCAUUUGUGGUCUGAAGAUGGCCUGAGGAUAUCAGGUUCAGGUGGCAACAAGCGCAUGCUUUCUCCUUCAAACAGUAUAGAGAUCCACCCUGAAUCACAGCAGCAGCAGAAACGAGUAAAAGAAGAGGAAAGGGAGGUGGAUUGUGUUAGCAAGGCAUCAGUGGACACAUCCAAUCAGGAACUCAAAGGAGAGAAACAGUCAUGUCUACCCAGUGUUUGUUCUCCUAUCACACAUGUUGGGCCAUCAUUCCCCAGUCUGCUUUCCAGCACCUGUAAUAGCUGGUGCUAUUUGAACUACAUAAAACCAAACCCUUCUACUCUGGAUGAACAGAAGCCCUCAGUGUAUUCAUCGUGGUCCACUAGUGGCUAUGACCCCAACCCCCCUGGCCUCUCCAGCAAGACAGCUCUGUCUCUGCUACACUGUAAGCAGAGGCUCAGUCCCUCCAUCUACACUGUAUCCCCCAUGUCAGUCAGGACAGCUGAGGCAGUCGAGCAAGAGGGCAACAAAAGACCACGCUCCGCUGAGGUCUCCAACAGCCAGUCAUACUGCAGAGAUAAUGAGCAUACCGGGACGGAACAGCAGUCAGCAGAUGACAACAGGUCAAACCGAAAAGAAGGGACGGAAGAAGAGAAGAGGAAGGAGGAAGAAGUUCAGUCAUGCUCCAGAAAGAAACAACCUCCCGAAGUCUGGAGUUCUGAGCGAGGAUCAAAUGAGAAAUAUGCUAUCGUGCAUGGCGGAGGGAGAGGGAAGAGCCCAUGUGAGGACUGUGGACUCCACUCCAAAAAUACCAAUGUGCUGCAAAAAUGCACCCAUUGCAUCACAGAAUCACCACCGUGUAACUGCAAACACCGCAACGUUUCUUUCAAAGCCAAAGAAAGCCUUGCUGAACACCUGAGAUCUAAGGCUCAUGGAAAAGAAUGCUGUUGUUACCCAGAUGGCACAGAUCAAGGGGUAUGUGAAGAACCUUCAGUUCACCCAGAUAAAGUAAAAGAUCAUCAGUACUCUGAUCAGGGGAAAACUGGACAUGACAAUGAUGACAAUGUAAAGGACAAGGACUGCGGACAGGAUAAAGACAACAGGUCCAAGGUGUCUGAAAGCUUUCACACCACCUCCUUUGGUAGUGAGAAAUCUCAGCCAGGAGGGCAACUAAUGGAGCCUGAACCCAGCCAGUCUGCCUCCCUUCCCCCCAAGGAUUCUACUCAGAAGAAGUCGGCCAGUGCCAGGAGGGCCCUAUUUGCCCGCAGACGCCUUGAUGCUUCAGCAUCGGCAUCCUCCGGAGGCCCCCCUUCACCAAAUACUCCAUCCCUGAUCACACAGAAGGAGACGUCUCCAUCCUGCAGCCCGUCCCCCCGGCCACCCCAGUCCUCUGCUCCCCCUUCCACACUCUCCCCAUCCGGUUGUCAUGUCUCCACCUCCACUCUGAGAACAGUCUCCCCUGUUAGAGGUCUUUCUCCCAUAAUACUCCAGUCCCGCAGGUCUGAGUCUUUCAGGCCUCCAGGAUCCUUGGAGGACACCUGUGCUCAGUGUCACACCUGUCUUCACCCAAGAGACCGACCGUCUACAGCAAGAUCGUCUGUGGAUGAGGUUGGUCUGACCCACAUCAGCCCACAUCCCACGCGCCCUCGGGGAGUCCACAACCUCCUGAGUCACCUCCCUCUGCACUCCCAGCAGCCAAGCCGGGCCGCAAACCUCCUGAUUCCCAUCGGGGGGAUUCACAUGAUUCAGCCCAGGUCCCUGCUUCCGCUGUACAGCCUGGUGAGCAGCCCCACAGCUCACCCUGCAGGGACAUCCUGGAGACUAAGUGACACUCGGAAGGGGGGGUCUUCUCUGCUGCAGCGCCAGGAUACUCUCAAAGAGACGUCGCCCAGCAGUCCAGCCAGCCCAUUACGGGGAAUGUCUGGAAGCAGCCGAUCGGACACUCUAGUACACGGAAAGAGUCAGGGAUGCUUCAGUGUUCAACAAUCGUCGAGUCCCGGGACAGAGACCAGGCGUCCAGAGGUAAACACAGAUGUCACAGAGAGGUGUGUUUACCCCGAGACCACCCAAGGCCAAAAAAAGGCUCCUUCCUCCCAGACACAACUCUGAAAGGAGGGAGAGUCUGAAGGGACAGUGCAAAAGUCUAAAAACCAGAGUCUGUUGUAAAAACACAGCAUUGGUUUGGAGACUGAAAACAAAAAGCAAGAGCACUUCAGCACCGCUUCUGAAUGACGCUAUAAUGUAAUUAUAUGAAUAAUAUAUAUAGAUACUAUGUUAGAUAUGCAGUAAGUUUUGUAAAUCUUUUUUUACCCUCUUGUUUGAUGUCAUCGGUGUUAAUUUAUUUAUGUGCUAUUAUGCAAAUUCUGUACUAUAUGCAAAAGCAGCUGGAAUGAAAAUAGACAAAGUUUUAAUCAGUUUCCCUGUUAACCCCUUGGACAGCUCUAAUAUAAUAUUGCUGUGUUAAUGUACUGUAUUACCAAAAUGGAUAUAGAAAGGUACUACAAAUAUUUAUUCACCCCGACCAGUAUUUUGAAGUGCAAUUUUAUGUCAAGAUUGUGGUUUGAAAUGUCAUUCUUAAAGGCUGUGAUUAUUAUUAUUAUUAUUAUUAUUAUUAUUGUUAUUAUUAUUUGUCAGUUUUAUUUUGUUGUCGUUGUUGUCUUUGUUUGUGUUCGAAGAAGCAGGGUUAUGCUCACCUCCUUUUGUAAUGUCUUAAGGAAAAUAAGUUCCAGAUAAAGACAUUUGGAGUGCACUGACAAAUAAUUUGAUAUCCAGAGGAAACCUGUUUCACGUACAUGGUAGCUACAGUACCGUUUUUUUCAUAAAAAGAUACAUGUAUUUUUGUGUUGUUGCUUUUAUAAAUGAUACAAUCACUCUGUCAUUUUCAUGUUUACCAUUAAACUUCUCAUUUUUACAGAUUUAUAUUAAAACUAUGUUACACGUAUGGUUUUUUGAGUUUGUUAUUGGUUAUUUUUUUUUUUUUCAAAUGCUAACUUGAGAAAUGAAUAGAAAUCAAUGACUGCAUGAAAGGAAAACCACAUUUAAAAAAUGGGAAGACUGUAGCUGUUGACCCAUGAAAGUAGUUUUGGUCUUAUUUGCUCAUGUUUUCUGAUAACGAAGUCUCCAACAAAAUACAGUGAAGGUAA